AUGAAGAUCUGGACAUCUGAGCACACUUUUGAGUAGGUUUUUUAAAUUUAUGGUCUAUAUUUAGGUAUAAAGCCGAACAUAAAUGGAUAAAACGUGAAUUACUAGUUUUUGCUUUGAAUUCUUGCUUUGAGAAUUCUGUUAACGUAAGGUAAUUUUGAUAUUUCAGCCACCCUUGGGACACUGUCGUUCAUGCUGCCUUCCGCAAAUACCCGAAUCCUAUGAAUCGCGCAGUGACGGCGAUUGAUGUUGUUGAACAGAAAGUGGAUCAAGGAACGCUGAAGACUGAGCGAAUUCUUCAAAGUCACUUUCACAUUCCAAAUUGGGUAGUUAAAGUAAGGAGCUUCUAAAAUUUUUUUUUGUAAUUUAGAAGAUAAUAAACAUCAACUAGAUGAUAAUACAGUGAUUAUUUUUGUUUUUAUUAACGUUUUAACAAUGGACUUUAAAAAUAAUAUUUAAAUUGUUGCUUAUUGGUAUUAUUAUGAGUAAAUUAGGUAAUAAAAGACAAUAAUUCCAGCUGACUGGCUUUUCUGGGACUCAAUAUUCUCAUGAGUAUACUGUGAUUGAUCCUUCGUCACGCAAGAUGACCUUGGCUACUCGAAAUGUAAGUUAUAUAGGGUGUUUUUGUGUUUAUUACUUAAAUUUAUUGCGCGAAUUAAGCACCAAACUCGUAAUUUUUGGUCAGUAAAGGCAUGAAAUUACAACUUUUUGAUUAUUAUUGAUAAUUUCAGUUGAACGCCUUGGGAUUUCUGCGAGUAGAUGAGCGUUUAGAAUAUACUCCAGACCCGAGCAAUCCAUAUCGAACAUUGCUAAAGCAAGAAGCUGCCGUUGUUGUUAAUCUACCUGCUUUUACUGAUUACUGUGAAAAAGCCUUUCUUAAUGCAUAUCAGACCAACGCUGUUAAAGUGAGUGUUUCGAAUAUUGUUAUGCGCUGUGUCACAAGCUAUUUCAAUUAGUUUAUGUCUUGAAAGCGUUUUAUUUUUAUAUUUCGUAAAUUUAUAUACUUAUUGGCAGUUUAUAACACAUCGUAUCAGAUACCAAUCCUUAUUUUCUGUCAAAAACUCUAUCAUUUAUAUUUUGCUUACUCAUACGACCUUUAGUAAUAGAACUAACAAUAAAACCGUUUUAGGGGCGCAGCGGCGUAGAAUGGGUGAUAGACCAUCUGAAGCGAGAAUAUCAGGAGUUUUCGUCCAAAGUUUCCACCGAAAUCAAUGAGAUCUCAGAUAAAGUAAUGGGCCGAUUUGGGUCGAAUCAGUCGCAUCACAGCUAA